AUGGUCGGCCUUCUCCUCUUCGCUCUCGUUGCGUUUGCAACGCUUCCAGCAACUCUCGGUCUUGUCGCGCCUCCUCUCGAUCUCGGUCUUGCUUCUGGUCUUGCUGUGGACGUCUUGAACAAUGCCACCACGACAACCACCCUCUCGGUCUCCUUCUCGGUUCUCUCGGUCUCUUCUUUCGGCUCUCCUCCUCUUGCAACGACCAGCGCUGCUCAGACAAGCCUGCCAUCGGUCACAAUGCCUGUUCUUACCUCCACAACCACCCCACCAUGGACAACAGCCACUGGUUCGUCUUCUCUCCCGGUCGAAACCUUGCAGAUGGUCACACUCCUCGAAAUCCCGGUCCCGAUUGCUCCAAUCGUCAUCAACCUGACCGACAACGCCUCCAAGAUCACUCUGACAGUCACAUCCACGGCUCUGUCGACCGCUACACUUCCUCCUUCUCCUCCAACACCCUCUUCUGCUCCUGCUGCUUCUCAGAGCAAGGCUCUCUCGAAAGGGGCAAUCAUCUCCACCGUCUUUGCCUGCGUCCUGGCCUGCUGGUUCCUGUUCUGCGUCGCCGUGCUGCUGCGCCUGCGCCAAGAGCAACGCCAAAAGGACCGCCAACAACGUACUCAACGCGGCAGCCCAGAGGGGCUUGACAGUGUCAUCCACCACUACCACCAUCACCGCCACCAUGACAACGACGACUUUGAUGGGCACCUCGACCACAGCAUGCAGACUCUCUCUGUCUCUGCUUCGCCUCCCUCUCCGGUCCUCCACAGCACGCCGGCAGACGCUCCAACACCGACGCCCUUGCCCGGUGUCCGGCUCCGUCCCCAUGCAGAAGUAGACGUCCAGGCCGCUCCUAUCACUCCGCCUCGCGACAUGCCUGCGCCCGGCCUCUUUCACACUCCGACGCCUGCUCCUGCCUCUCCUGUCGCUGCUGCUUCGCCUACCGCUCCUGCUCCAGCAGAACUUCGUCGAAUGAUCUCUCGCGACGACUUCGAGCUCUGGGCACGAGGCGUGAACAUUGCGCCCGUGCGGGACGACUACCGCAGCGAGCUGAGCUUUGUCUCCCGCGCCGUGAGCCGGAGACGCUCGGUCUGA